AUGCGGUUAACAGUAGCCGUCCUCCUUUCACUUACAGUCGGUCUUACCACUGCCUCGUACUGUGGUAAAACCGGAGUGCCCUACAGUUUCGAAGUCCUUCCCAGCGGAGCUCCAGUUCUCGGCUGUGCCCAGCCGUCUUGUGUGGCUGCUGCUGAAGAGCCACUGGUCGAGGACAGCGAGUUCUUGACGGACGUCAACGGGCAGUCUGAUGGAUUCUUCAGAGAGGGAGAUCGGACUCUGAAGAGAUACAGACAUCAAGGAGCUCCUAAGUUGGUGGCCAACUGUACCGGAAGCUUUAACGAGCUGUCUUGCCCAAGAAAGAACCAAUUUGUCGGUGGAAUCGAAUACAUCGACCAUCCAAGACAACCGUAAGUAGUAUGAUAUAAAUUGAACCAAAGAAUCCUAUUUUAUGGGCUGAAAUGGUGACUUAGAAGCUUUGAUUUUUAAACUUUAAAAAGUAAAAUAUUUAAUAAUAAAAUGGUUUGCGUUUCAGUCUGAUCCUGCAAUGCUGCACAUACGAUGCCCUCAAGUUCUCGCAAGAGGUCGGAACCACCAACGUCGGACCUGGAGAAGCCAUUACCGGGGGUGAAGUUGUUAGAAAUGGCCGUCAAAUCUCAUUUGAUGUCAUCGCCAAUGUCCGUAAAAUUGUCAAGUCCAGUGGAUCUCAGAAGGUUAGCUACGAAGUCACCGUCCGCCGAAUGAAUUGUCUGCCCGACCCUCCAGAGCCAGAGGUUGAAUGUAAGUGAACAUGCAGAGAGAUAAAUUAACACAAAUUUAGUUGAAAACGAAGUACCCAAUGAAGUUUUGAAAGUCCUCGCCGGAAGCGGCACUCCAGCCGAGAAAAAUCAGAAGAAAAAGGAGGGCAAACACAAGAAGAACAAGCAGAAUGCCGCUCCAACCGAGCAAAUUGACAAUGCCGUCAACUCUGAAGCCUCCCUGGCUCCACAGCAUCAGCCACAACAAGUCCCAACUCCCGACACUCAGGCCCAACAACCUCAGCAACAGCAGCAACAACCACAAGUGCAGCAGCAACAGCAGCAACAACCACAACAACAACAGCAACAACAAGCCGUAGACCCCGCUCAACAACAGCAAGCUCAAAUCGAAUACCAACGAGCUCAAGAAGAGUACCAAAGAAAGCUGGCUGAGUACAACCAACAAGUCGCUCAACAACAAGCCUCCGCCACUCAAGCGCCACCUGCCGUCUCGACCCUGUUCCCCACUCUCCCAACCCACACCUUCCCUACCUUCCCAACUCUUCCUCCUCACACCUUCCCAACCUUCGCUCCCUUCACAUUCCCCGGCUUCUCGGCUAUAACUCCAGCCCCAGCCGCCGCUCCCGUUCCAGCCGCUCAACCAGCCUUUGGCGGUUUCCAGGCUCCAGUCCAGCCUGCCCCAGCUUUUGCCACACCAACUGGCGGUCGCGCCUUCGCCGCUCCAACUGUAACUGGUGCUGAUGCUCAAGCCGUCGGCACUGGAGUUGAUGCUAGCCAGGCCGCCGGACAAGCUGCCGGCCAAGCUGUUUCUCAGGCCGGCCAAACCGCGGAGCAGGCCGCUGGACAAGCCGGACAAGCUGCCGGUCAGGUGGCCAACCAAGUUAGCCAAGUUGCUCCUCAGCAGCCACCCUCUCUUCCUUCUCUUCCAUCGCUGCCAGGCGCCGGAGUAACGCCAGCUCCAUUCCCCGGCUUCUCGCCAUUGCCUGGCCUUGGCGGAGCUGGUGCCGGAGGCCUACCAACCUUGCCCACCUUCCCUCCACCAGCCGGAUUCCCAACGGCCCCUCCAGCGAUCCCUCAGCAACUCCCCAUCGGAGUUAGCGACCCAUCUCGUGCCGUUGCCAUGGGCACCAUCUUGAACCAAUUCCAAGGUGGCUACAAGCCCAUUGAGGUGCCCGGUUUGGGAGUUAUCGGAUAUGGAACGAACCCAUAG